CUUUCAACAUAAAACACACUACACAACUUCAAUAUCGACAUCCAUCGUUUGUGACCGUUUGUGGAAAGAACAAUGAAUAGCCAAGGAACUGUGUCUGAUCUAAGGAUUGUUCUGCUGGGUAGCAGUGUCUCCUGGAAGAAUGCAGUUGGAAACAUCAUCCUGGACACUGAUGCAUUUCGCCAUGAUUCUGAUCCAAACCAAUACGUUAAAGUUAGUCUUCUGGUAGAGGGAAGACUCAUAACUGUGAUCAACACCCCAGACCUGUUAGACAUCUCACAUGACAAACUCUCUGAGGAUAUGCGUUUGAUUAAAUCUCUUCCUGAACCUGGACCUCAUGUGUUCUUGUUGGUGCUUCAGUCUGAAUUCUUCACAGAAGAAGAGAGAAACAGAAUAAGGAACAUCUUAAACAACCUCAAUGACCAGUCCUUUGACCACUCAAUGGUACUGACAACUGAUGGAGACAAAAGGGGACACCUGCAUGAGAAUCAAGCUCUAAACCUGAUGAUCAGAGAAUGUAGAGGAAGGCAGUGUCUGAUUAACCUCAGUGACCAUAAUUACCUAAUGACAUGUCUUGACCACAUAGUGGAGGACAAUAGAGGAGGAUAUGUCUCCUGUGAGAUAUUUAAUGAUACCACAAGUAGCAUGAUACAAGGGAAUACAGAAGUACGCAAUGGAAAGGAGAUUUUGGAACAAAGAGAAAACAAAAAAACAAACUGGGAGAAAGUUAAACAACCUGGAUUGGGAUCACUUGAGGAACAAUCCAGACCUGGAACAAGUGUGGAACAAUCCAGGCGUGAUAAAGAAUUGUCUUCACUCAGGAUUGUUCUUUUGGGGAAGAGUGACGACAAGAAGAAAGUGGUUGGCAACAUGAUUCUACAGAAAGAUGCUUUUAAGUUUUCUAUGUAUAAUUUCCUAAACAAUGAACCACAGUGUCAGUCAGCCAGUGGAAAAGUGAAUGGCAAGUCAGUAACUGUAGUAAAGACUCCAGACUUCUUCUCUAACCGUCUGUCUGUGGAGUUCCUGAUGAAGGAGAUAGAGAACUGUAAGUACCUGACAGCCCCUGGACCUCAUGUUCUUCUGCUGGUGUUGAAGCCUGAAGAGUUCACAGAAGGGAACAGAAACACCUUGAACUUGAUUAUGAGUCUGUUUGGUAAAGAAGCCUUCAAACACUCAAUGGUGAUCAUUCCUCACAAGGGAGAUGCAGAAAAUCCUUAUCUAAACCAAAUGAUCAAAGAGUGUGGGGGAAGGCAUCACACGUACAAAAAAGCCAGUGACAAAAAAGAGUUAACAGACAAAAUUGAGAAUAUGGUGAGGGAGAAUGAAGGUCGAUUCCUCACCUACAUUGACCAGACGACGCAAGACACAAUGUCACCAAAGGGUCAAAGGUUAAACUUGGUCCUGUGUGGCAAAAGAGGAGCUGGGAAGACGUCUUUAGCCAAUGCCCUCCUGGGUCAAACUGGGUCUGUUUGCUCAUCAGUAAAGAGAGAAGGAGAGAUAUGUGGUCAGCUGGUCACCAUUGUUGAGAUGCCUGCUCUGUAUGGAACACAUCUCACUCAGGAGAAAGUGAUGCGUGAGAGUUUCCGCUGUGUCUCUCUCUGUGAGCCUGGAGUCCAUGUUUUCCUCUUGGUCGUCCCUGUGGGUCCACUCAAUUAUGAAGACAAAGGAGAGGUGGAGACCCUCCAGAACAUUCUGGGCCCACAAGUCAAUGACUUUACCAUGGUUCUGUUUAGACAGGAUUACAUUCCAGUUAAUAAGACAACAGUGGACUUUCUGGAACAAAAUGCAGACACAAAGCAACUGAUCAAGACAUGUGGAGGCCGGUACACAUUCUUUGAUGCUUCAGAGUCUGACAACCUGAAGAUGAAAGAGCUUGUAAAAGAAAUUGUUAAUAAGUUGAUAGAUAGAAACAAAACAUGCUACAAUCCAUACAUGUAUGUGGCGGCACAGAACAGAAGAAUCACGGAUUUGGAGGAAAGAAUCAAGAUGCCACAAGAGUGUUUGAGGGUGGUGAUGAUUGGGAAAACUGGGAAUGGGAAGAGCGCCUCCGGAAACACCAUCCUGGGAAGAGAGGAAUUUCCGUCUGAAACCAGCACUGAUUCUACAACAGCAGUUUGCCAGAAGGGACUUGGCAAAUUGGAUGGAAGAACAGUUGCUGUGGUGGACACACCUGGUCUAUUUGACACAGGAUUAUCUAAUAAAGAUGUUCAACAGGAGAUAGUGAAAUGUAUUUCCCUGUCAGCCCCGGGACCACAUGUGUUUAUCAUAGUGUUAUGUAUUGGGAGAAUCACACAAGAGGAGCUGGACACUUUGGACCUCAUAGAGGAAACCUUUGGUCAACAGUCAAGACAGUUCAGCUUAGUUCUGUUUACCAGAGGAGAUGACUUGGGAAAGAAGUCGAUUCAAGACUUUGUUGAGACAAGCAAGAAUGCCAAACUUAAAAAACUGAUCAGAGAUUGUGGGGACAGAUUCCAUGUCUUCAACAACAAAGAGACGAAAGACUGUACACAGGUCACUGAGCUUUUCAAGAAGAUUGAUAAAAUGGUGUUAGAGAACAAAGGCAGUUUCUACACCAGUAACAUGUUCCAGAAGGCAGAGGCUUCCAUUACACAAAAACAGGAAGAAAUACUGAAGGAGAAAGAGAUGGAGAUAAAAGCUGACAUGGAGAAACUGAUGGUCCAGCAUGAAACAGAAAUGGAGAAGAUUAAGUCAAAGUUGGAAGAAGAGAGAUUGAAAGUUCAGAAGGAAAGAGAGGAAGUUAUCAGAAAAGAACAUGACGAAAAGGAGAAAAAAGUGUUACAAAGGAUUCAAUGGGAGAAAGAAAAAGAGAAAAUGUCACGGAGCAGGGGGGCGAUAAACAAACUGGCACACGUCCUCCACUCGCGUCCUCGUUACAGAAAAUGGAAACAGAGAUAA